AUGCCGCCUCCGGUCGCGGCCCCUCCAACUCCGGUCGCGGCCCCCGCCAACUCCGGUCGCGGCCCCGCCACCGACCCGUCGCGGCCACGCCACCGACCCGUCGCGGCCCCGCCGCCCCACUUCGCGCCCCCCCCCCCCCCCCCCCCCCCCCCCCCCCCCCCCCCCCCCCCCCCCCCCCCCCUCCCCCCCCCCCCCCCCCCCCCCCCCCCCCCCCCCCUCCCCCCCCCCCCCCCUCCCCCCCCCCCCCCCCCUCCCCCCCCCCCCCCCCCCCCCCCCCCCCCCCCCCCCCCCCCCCCCCCCCAUUUCCCGUCGUCUGUCGUGGCGACCUGA